GCGAAAAACUCUGUCAUCGUCAUCGUUCAUUGUCUUCUCAUUAAUUGCUUGAAAAAGAAAAAAGGCCGGAUUAACUUUAAUAUUAGUAGAAACUAAAUAAGUUUUAAACCAUAUUGGUAGAAACCUAUGCCAGUUACAGUUGCCGUGCAUCCCCAUCUACACACACAUACGGAAUAACACAAGUUGCGAUAGUAUAAAAAUAACAACAACAUCAUCAAAACCAAACACUGCCCCGAAUUCGUGAAUCACCAACAAAAUUAUGGAACAAACACAGAUUACAGAUGCGGAAAAGGUUCGCAUUGUCUCCGACUUUAUAUUGCAUGCACCACCCGGUGAAUUCAACGAGGUCUUCAACGACGUCCGCGAGCUACUAAAGAACGAUGCCUUGCUGAAGGAUGGCGCCAGCCACGCCUUCUCCCAAUACAACAAGGACCAGUUGACGCCAGUGCGGGUCGAGGGCAGUGAACACAACGCGAUCAUCUCCGAAUAUAACGAUUUGGGGAACGGUCGCUUCUAUGAUCCUCGCACUAAGCAGUCCUUCAAAUACGACCACCUACGGAAAGAGGCGUCCGACUACCAGGAUUUGGAGGCCGAUGCUAACGCGGAGUCGUGGCGCGCUGCCCUGGACCUGGCCACCCUUGCAUAUACCGCCAACCACUACAGGCACGGCGUAAGCUCCGUGUUUGGCAAGUCGCAAGGCAACCAGGUGACGCUGACUGUUUGCAUUGAGGACCAUCAAUUUCAGCCGAAGAACUACUGGAAUGGCAGAUGGCGUUCGCAGUGGCACGUCAGCUUCCAAGCUGGCAGCGGCACGGCGGAACUGAAGGGUGUGCUUAAGGUGCAGGUGCACUAUUACGAGGAUGGCAAUGUCCAGCUGGUGUCGUCUAAGGAUUGUCGUGAGAGUCUUGUUGUGUCCAAUGAACAGCAAUUGGCCAAUGAGGUUAUACGUCUAAUCGAGGAGGCGGAGAACGAAUAUCAGCUAGCCAUCUCGGAGAACUACCAAACCAUGUCGGACACCACGUUCAAGGCGAUGCGCCGACAGCUGCCCAUUACCAGAACUAAGAUCGACUGGAGCAAAAUCGUUUCGUACAGCAUUGGCAAAGAGCUGAAGACGCAAUAAGACAAGGAGCAGCAAGCGGAAGCCGAAGGCGCGCCAGCAUACCCGUUGCCCAUGGCAGUGCCGGCGCAGUCGCAGAUAAAAAGACCCAACAGUCUUCCACUUGCAAUGGCAAAGCGAGAAAAGUGAGCGGGAAAAGUCGCAGCAAGAACCUUACACUAUCUAUUUACGAUCGUUAAAUGUUGGCGCUUAUUUAAUAACUGUCUUUAAUUUGCUUAUCCUUUACACAUACAUACAUCUAUAUAAAUAUAUAUAUAUAUAUACAACAUA